AGAAGACGAGGACGGUAUCCCUGGCGAAUCGCGAUGAAUGAGGAAACAGGAUCGGCACGAAUGAUUAAAAUCGAGUGAGUCGCGCGCCGAACAGACCGUGGAGCUUGAGCUGUCCACGGACGGUUGUGCCAGCAUGUCGUUCUUCACCCCCACCACCGUGCUGGUGGGAGUGCUAUUGCUCUAUGUCUCCUCGUUUAUCCUGUUCGCGAUUGUUCGCAUCGCCACCGGUGUCUCAAUCCAGCGCAUUGGUUAUUUUUCUCUGAGACGUAUUGCCUAUGCUCCCCGGGAAGGCGUGCAAAUUGACAUUCGCGGCCUGGGAUUAUCUUUACACCGACCGUCCUUCUCCCAACCGACGUGGAUCAGCCUGCGAUUGACCGACCUCAAAGUAACGGUAGACCCGAAAUUGCUGAAGCAUGGAAAUAACGAUAGUCAUGGAAAAGGUGCCUCGCGGCCCGCCUCUUCGAACGGGUCUCCGGCCAUGCCCCAAGAUGCGACUUUUGGCACACCAAAGAGCUCGUCGAGGCGCAGCGAGACGUGGAAGAGACUGACGAGACUGAAGGAGAGGAUAAAGCGCCUACAUACGUAUAUCCACUGGCUCGCGAUGAUUGAUGUACAUGCCACUAACGCCGCCGUACACUUCGUCGAUGCUGGGCAUAUCCAGGUGGGGGCUUUCACAAUGGCAGUUGAUACUAGGCGAAAGAUGGUGGAACGUGGCCGGCUGUUCCGCCAUAAGAAGCCACAGUCACAGGGAUCUCGCCCCGCGGAAUGGAUAAUGACUGUUCGGAACAUUUUACUAGCGGUCGAUGGCCGGGAACCCAUGGAGCUCUUGGACAACCUGCAGUUGAAUAUUCAUGGCCAUUUGUAUCAGGACUUAGAGGGUCUACGAGACACCUCUGUGGCUAUCAAAAUUGGUCGACUGCAUGUUCCAUACGACGAUCUGAUGCUACUCUCCCAACGAGUCGGACAAGCCCAAAAGAUGCCCUUCAAAGUGGAGUCGCCAACAGAAACAGAUGAUGAGAUUUCAUUUGCGGACUUCGUGCAAGAGCUAGACAAGCCUGGGUCUAGAGAAGAUGUUAUUGUCCAAACCGUUGCCGAUUCGAAGGAGUUUGCAAGUUCAAUUUUACGCGGCAUUGAGGAAAUACAGGUAGCUUUGAGCUUUUUCCGUGUCUCAAGGUGCAUUCCCGCUACAGCCGCCGAGCAAAAGGAUAUGCAACUUAAUCUCGUCACCCAUGAAAUCGGUAUCGAUUUGCAUCGCAUGGAUCCCAAUUCCCCAGCCCAUCGAAUGUAUUUUCAAAAACGAGAUGUGGCCCACCAGGCUUUGUUAGCUGCGAUUUCUGUCUCCGUCAGUUUGGAAGAUACCUCUGGAGCAACAGACAGGCUUCUUUACGUACCCAUGGCCACCACAACGAUCAAAACAACCCUUCCUUCCAAGACUGUAAGCUUUUCCGACGAACGCGAUGCAGAGGCACGUAAUAGUAAUGUUUUAUUCGCCAACCUCGUUAUCACCUCUCCUUCUCUUGAUUUGGAGCCUCGCCAUGUCUCCCAAGUCCUUCGGCUAGCGCAGACAAGAACAACAUCCCCGCGCAGGAAAAAGCGAGACAAUCAUCAUAUUAUUUCACGAUUAUUACCAAAGGCUAGCAUCAAACUCUCGGUGCAUGAGCCCGUGUUACGAUUCGUGCUACCCAUUCCAAAGGACGCCUCAGUCGAUGCCGGCGAUUAUAACCUUUUAAUUUCUUCUAUUUCAUCCAUAUCACUAGAUAUCGAGUCAUCCCAUUCCGCUGAAGCCGGAAUCGACUAUUCUUUGUCAUCCGUAUAUCGCGUUGCUUCUCACCAGCUCUAUUACCAGACACCAGCUGGCGCCAAGCACAAUCUUCUUCAAACCAAAAACAUGGAAGUUCGUGUCCACCUCAAUGCUACACCCGAAGUCUGUGUCUUCGUAUCUGGUAGCUUGAAUUCAUUUUCCGUCCACAUGGUUAACGCCGACGUAAACCGCGGGAUGAAACAGGUUGUUGAGCAGUUUCGAGCCCAGCUCAGACCAAGAAGAGGAGUCCCUUCGACAGCAAGCGAUCAGAAGUCCAGUUUCCUGCGCCGCCUUCCCCCUUGGUUGAUGCGGGUGCAAUUCGAAGCCACUGAACUGAACUUCGAGGUUGCUGGUCCUCCUCCAGGAUCAUCAAAGACCCCGCGUGGAGUCGCCCUUCAACUCGAGUCAUGGACCGCUGACUAUCGCGCACAGAAGCUCGAGCCUAUGAAGAAUGUUUCAAGACGACGAACGUCCAGCCAUUCUCACUCUUCUAUCAGCGAUGACCCUGCUUUCCGCUUUCCUCCCACUUCCCCUCCGCGAAGGACUGCCAAUAGCCAUGCUGAUGGUCGGAGACUUGCUGUGCACAUCAGAGGCCUCGAAGGCUUCGUAAUUGAAGCCGAAGACUACAUGGAACCAGAGUCCUUUCUUUCUUUGCCACGAUGUGAGGUUGCUUUUAGUAGUCAGAGUGACUUGCAAGGUCCAAUUUUCCACAUAAAUUCGACCAUGAAAGCUUUAUAUUUGGAGUUUUCAUUGUACAGAAUAUACUCGCUGGGGGUUGCGGCAAAUGUGCUGCAUGAGACAUUCGUACGGGCGCCAGUUGAUAAAGCAUCGAGCGACUAUCAAUUCAAGUCAUUCUCUAGAGCGUCUCUUCCCACACCAGUUCCGCCGUCACAGCGCUCCGAGUUAACCACGGUGGAUCUGCGUGUUGGCCUUGUACAAGUCAAAGCUGUCAUGCCUGAUGAUCCUCGGUUAAUGUUACAAAUUUACGGGCUCGCAGCAGGCAGUCACCGUUGGUCGGCGCCAUUUUUGCGAUGCCACUUAGCUCGAUUGCAUGUCGCUGCUCCGCGAAUGAAGGGUGUAUGGGCGAGAGUGCUUUCCAUGAACACUGUCAGAGUAGAUUUACGUGAAAGCAAAAAGCUACAAGGUCGUGAAAUUAAGGACGAGCGUUCUAUUGAUGUAUCGGCAGACUUUAUCCGACUAGGCGUUCCUCAUCAUUUGAUUAUGCAUCGAGUGUUCAAUAAUUUCAUCAACACAUUUAAAGCCCUGAAGGCCUUACGCCACCGUUUUAAAACCGACUCUGAUGAAGAUGUCCUCCACAAAGAUCCAGAGGGACCCAAGAUUGUGCCUCGGAUUUCAUUACGCAGCAAAGCAUUAGCUUUCCAAUUAGAAGACGACGCGUUCGAGUGGCGGCUUGGUUGUAUCUACCGAGCGGGCCUAGUGGAACAGAGACAUCGCUUGGCUCGUGAGGAAGCUUUCAGAAUCAAGGCUCAAAAAGUGAAAGAUGCCGAAAACAAGCGCAACCCAUCUCGAUAUCGUGCCCACUCAGCUCAUCCGGACUCCCAUCGUGGACGAAGAAGCGAAGAUAGGAGACGAAGUGCAAGUAUUGAUCCUAGAGAGUCUCGACGGCCUGUGGAUAAGGACGCAAAAUACGGACGAGCUCGUUACGAUACAGAUGGCGCCGCAAGCAUCACGUCUACCGCUAAAGUUUCAGAAACGGAGGCAUGGCGUCGUUUGCAGGAAUAUAAUGCUCGUGAUUGGAAGUCAAAGAUUGAUGCCGCAAUGCAGUUUCAAGCCAAAUCUAUUAGCCAACUACGAACUCUCUUUGCCGGUGCUGAUGAACCGCCUGAGGAUGCUGAAGACGAUGAGCCGAUUCUUGCCAUUCCCAAUCGGCCUGCGUUGAUGUCUACCUUGAUCAGCGAUGUGCAUUUGGUUAUUGAUAAACCAUCCUUCCCUGUAGCUGAGUAUCCCAAAUUUUUACAUAGGAUCGGUAAGGGCAUGCCCGUAGGAAUGGAGUAUUCCCUGCUUAUUCCUAUGAGCCUUCAGUUGGAUAUGGGAGAGGCUAGAGUUACGUUACGCGAUUACCCCCUGGAUCUUCUCCAUAUCCCCGCUCUUCGCCCCGGCCAGUCCCCUCGAUUGCCGAGCUGGUCAUUAAAGACAGACUUUGUGAUUGCGGAAGAAUACCGGAAUUAUGAAUCCACUCGAGAUGUUAGAGUUUGUAUUGUACCUGCUGCUAAAUCCUCAGAUGGACAAAUUACCGAGGGUGUCUAUGUCAACAUUCGACGGACUGUCGCUCCAGUUAAAACGUACUCAGAGCCAAAUUUCGAUAUCAACACUAGUCUUCCAACUAGUUUCACAUGGUGCAUGUCAUAUCAGCCUGUCAUACAAGACAUGAUGAAGAUCAUCGAAGGAUUCACGAAGCCAGAAGUUGAUCCAUCUGAACGUGUUGGAUUCUGGGAUAAAAUUCGAUUAAGUUUCCACUCCAGGAUCAAGGUUCGAUGGAAAGGCGAUGGCGAUGUUCAUUUACGCAUGAAGGGGUCUCGUGAUCCAUACAUCAUAACAGGAUUUGGGGCUGGCUUUGUGAUGUGUUGGCGCAAAGAUGUCCAGUGGUAUAUUCAUCCUAGCGACGACCCUAAAGAAUUCAUGACUGUGACAAGUGGAGAAUAUGUUCUUGCUGUGCCAGAUUACAGUCACGAGGCCCGUUAUUUGUUUGAAUAUGCUUUGGACGAGGCAAAACUGCCAGCAAGUUAUUCAGCGAAAAAUGCCGCCCAGUUCAAGAAAGUUCUGAUGAAAUUGUCCGGAAGUGUUAAAUGGCUUGCAGGAUUGGUAUUUGAACGCGACGUGGGUAAAGAGCGAUCUUUUGAUUUCAAGCCCCAUUAUGAUGUGGUUCUCAAGAAUCCGCACUAUAUAGAAGGUUCUCAACUAAAGAAUUAUGAUGCAUUCCGUGGGUUUCGGAGUAAUCACAUCCACUUGUCGGUGGCUGUCAUGGCACCAACAAUUGCGGAUCAAACGCACCAAAAUUAUAACACCGUUCAUCUAACGCCUCGUAUUUUCACCCACUUCUUUAAUUGGUGGUCACUGUUCUCUGGAGUCAUGUCCCUUCCUGUACGCCAGGGUCCUCUUUGGCCUGGUAUCACCAAAGCUAGCAAAAAGUUUGGCCGGCAUCUUGCUACCGUCAAGUAUAAACUGCUCCUGUCGCCACUGUUCGUCUCCCAUAUCUACAAGCACAAAGAACCAGAAGAUUAUGGUGAAGAUGUAGUAACUGCAACUGGCCUAAAGGUUCGGCUUUCAAAUUUCAAGUUUGAUAUUCACCAGAGGCGGGAGCAGGUUACCACCCCGAUCAAAGGUCGCCUCAAACAACUAAAGUCUAGCGCUAUGCGCAUAAACCGCGCUGAACUUGACUUCGAAGCUGCUGAUUUCAGAGCUGUCUCUGCCAGUAUUGAAGGGACAACCAUCGAGGAGGUGGAAGCCAGGCCAGAGGAAAUUGUCGUGUCAUUACAGCAGCCCACUACUUCUGUGGAUCUUUCUCGCUUCACGAUUCCUGAUCGAGACUUCAGCUGGAUUGACAUGGAUGAUUUUGUAGAACUGGACUGGAUCCUUCCUCAAGAAUCCACGCCUAAGACUCAAAUACUGCCUCUUGCAUAUACGCCUCGCUUUACAUAUUUCCGACAAACAGACCAUAGCAAUGUAUCACCGGCUAACACUGGGUUCAGCCCGUUUGGCGACGAACCUACCCAUGAGUGCGUGAUGUCUCAAGGAAACGAUCCUCGCCGGGUACAGAUGGAUCUUAUCAAGGGUCGUAUCGCCAAUCUUGAAGUGCAGGCCGAAAACCACGAACUUCAACUUAGCGAACAUGAGCUUCAGCUGGUCAGGGAUGGCGUGGAGAACAAUGAUCUCAAAGUCAAGCAUGAGUUGCUUGUUCGGCAGGCAGAAUCUCUGGACAGACGGCGCAAGUUUCUUCUUGCUGGGCUUCGUCACCUGGAAAAGCUCAUCUUUGGCGAGGAAAACCAAAAUGACUCGACAAGCGAGGCCCAGGGAAGUGACAGAUCAUCUAGGUCCGGCGAAAAUCUGGAAUCUAAUAGUGACAGUGCUGAAUCGAUUAUGGACGGAAAUUAUGAGCCACCGGACGUUGAACUGGCUACCGACUUUAAUAAUCGGUUCACAAUCCAUAACCCCCAGGUUAAAUGGAAUAACUCACUGCGGGAUAUCAUGGUACGAUAUGGCCAUCAAGUCAGCCAGAGGCGUGGGUUCGUAUACUACAUGUCACGCCAAGCCGUUAAGUUCAUUUCCGACAUCGUGGACGAGCAGAAUAAAAACAAUCGCAAGCGCAAAGGUUUCUUCAAUCGCUCUCCAAAUCACGAAAGCGACCAGGAGCGGGAUGAUGAUGAUGGCGUGGAGGAACGUAUCGAGCAAUUGUUACACGAUGCAAAGAGAUUUGUCAAUGCGGAUGACCACCUUUCAGCAGCCUCAAAUGAACACGGACGUCCGAGAUCUGGUGACUUCACUGACAAUAUAUCGUCAGAUUUUACGCCUCAGAACAGUUAUCACCUCCAUCUUAUUGCUCCUCAAAUACAAUUACAAAGUGACAAGAAUCCACGAUCUGUCACGCUGAUCGCAGCGAAGGGGAUGACGCUGAAGGUAAUAUCGAUCAUGGACAAGCGUCGAGUCAGCGAUGAUGUUAGUGGACUUGUGCAACGCCGAUUCUCCCUCCGCAUGGAUGGCGCCCAAUUCUUUGUUGCAACGCAAAAAAAUCUCAAGGCACACCUGCAGUUCUACGCUGGUAAUAAAUAUGGAAACGCGCCUGGUUCGGCUUGGCCACCAUGGCUGACACUGGAAGCGAUGUUUGACUUUGAACUCAAUCCAUUUGGCUUUUCGAGGAUUAUCCAGCGGACGUCUGCAUCUCUCCGGUACGACAAGUAUAACAACCUUCGUCUAAAAUACAAUGAUGAAGUAGCCAAAAGUGAUGGAGAAACCACCCCUCACCAUGACAGUGACGAGGGUCGCGUGGACCAGAUCUGGGUGGACUUUCCUGAUGUUCGGGCAAUUUGCGAUUCUAACGAGUACUACACAAUGUAUAUCAUUGUUUUGGACUUGUUGCUCUACAAUGAGCCGCUGGAGAAAGUCAGGAGUGAGAAGCUCGAGAAGAUAAUGUUUGCUUCCGAUUUUAGUGAUUUGAGAGGUGCACCGGAGAUGGUUUUCAAAUUGCAGGACCGUAUUCGACAACUCGAAGAGAUCAGAGACUACUUCCAAGUUCAAGCCCAGCAUUUGGACGUUCAAGGUUGGCAAGAUCGGAUAACGCUUGAGAAGGAUUUGGUAAGCUGUGAAGAUGAAUUGUUUUUCAUUAUGAAAGCCAUCACGACCUCUCAAAGACGAACCGAUGAAAGAGCUCUGUCAAAAGCCAGUGCCUCAUUGCGAUACUGCUUGUCUGCCUCUGAUAUCGUUUGGCAUUUGAUGCGGGAUAAGAAUGAGCCAUUAGUAGAGUUUCAGCUGCGCAAUGCUUCAUACGAACGCACCGAUCAUACAGACGGAUCAAACCAUAAUAUGAUCGAGAUAGAGCGUUUAUAUGCGCUGAACCUGCUAGAAAAUGCCAUCUAUCCCCAGAUGAUCGUUCCUUACAUGGAUCAUAAAAGUCGAAUUGAGAGUGGAGAUAUAAUGUUUCGCGUUCAGUGGUAUAUGCUUGAAGCUGUCGCGGGUAUUCCGGUGUUGGAUCAGUUCGAAGUGAACCUGUUCCCGCUCAAGGUACAACUGGAACGAGAACUGGGCCAGAAACUUUUCGAAUACAUUUUCCCUGGUGCGGGAUCCAACGCUUUCGAAAAUGGUGGCUUCUCUCCAUUCAUGGUCAAACACAUCAAGCCUCUAGACGAAGACGACGAAACGGAAGAUAUGGACGGGGAAGUUACUCCUGAUUUUGUGUCGACGCCUCGCAGCCAAGGCAGUACUUCGACAGGGGAGGAUACGCCAGCAUCCAUGGGCCCAGGCUCUAUCGAAUUGAGGUUGCAGCCGACUUUGAGUCUACCAGACAACCGCAAAGGACAACAUGCUCUCCAUUUAAGAUCAAGCCGAUUCAAACCAAUGACGAGAAUAACGAAAGAUAAAGAUCGCCUGUCACCCGGAGACAGACCCGGAAUGUCUCCCCGCUCGUCAACGGCUGGUGGUCUCAGCAAGAAAAAGUCCACUGAGAGUAUUCGAGGAUUAACGCGUUCGUCCACAGAUAAGUCACUUGGUGCCAUGUCCGGCAGCUCUAGCACGGUGAAUGAACCCAAGAAAUUCUCGCUGGUUAGAGGUUCAAAGAAACAGCAAACAGACGAUCUUACUCAAAUGAUGUCCCGAGCGUCCAAUUACAUGAUUCUCGCAAAUGUCAAGAUCAACGACGUGGUACUAUGUUUGAGUUAUAAGGGCCGAGGGGAGCGUAAUAUUGAAGAUGUACAUGAUUUCGUCUUCCGCCUGCCGGUUCUAGAGUAUCGUAACAAAACAUGGUCGAAUCUCGAGCUUGCUCUCCGUUUGAAAAAGGAUGUCAUCAAAGCAUUGAUCUCUCACGCACCAGCCAUUCUCGGAAACAAAUUGGCACAUCCACGCCCCAACAAGCAACAACAGCAGCGGCUGCGAGAACUAGCUUCGUCUUCUCAAAUUAUGCUUCCAUCUUCGGAUACCUCUUCCUUGAACAUUUCAGCCAGUCGCAAUCUCACUAGACGUGACUCUACUACUGAUGUGUCGGGCUCUUCGUCUCUCCACAAAUCUGUCAGUAGCUCUGGCGCAUACCCUCUUGGACCCGCCGUUUCGUAUUCUUCGAGUAAUGCUAGUUCACGAGAACCCAGCAUUAUGGUAUCCGAGUUUCAGUCAACGGCAGAUACAGAUAGCAAUUUUCAACAAAAUGACCUUGUUCCAAGACGGAGUUUGACAUCUGAGCGCCCAAGCACUUCUCGUAGCAUCGGUGGAAAUUCUCAUGAUGACAGUUCGAAGAAAACUAUUCGCAAUCUAGGACGCAAGUUGCUCCACCGUCAUACCGCGAAUACCAACGAAUAAAACAACAAUCUCGACCUACCUCACAACUUUUAUAUUCAAUCACCUAUUAUCCCGUCUAUCUUAAACUAAAAUAUGGGCAUGGCAUUUGA